AUGAAUACAACACGGAACAGCACGCUUCCGAUAUGGCUGCUGCUGCUGCUGUGUGUUGUGCUGCACACGCAUAGCGUGCAGGCACAGGCAGGCGCACCUACCAUUACAUCGAUCACGCCUAAUCAAAUACCAAACAAUAAGACGUCGGUCGUCACCAUUGUCGGAAAGGGAUUCGACCCUACCCUCAAGUUCAUCAUGGCCAACGUCACAUACAAGAUCGUCACCAAUCAGCCAACCCAGCUUGUGGUGCAGAUCACACCCAAAGGCAGUCCCUACGGAUCAAUCCCAGUGACCCUUACCACAAUCAGAGGCACAUCCAAGCCCUUCAACAUGAUCAUCACAGCCACCCCAAUGAUUGCUUCAAUCACUCCCAACACUGUGUUGAACAAUCAAACUACGAUGAUCACGCUCAAGGGUAAGAGCUUCAAUAACAACAUGAAGAUCAUGAUUGAGAACAAGUGGCCAUGUCUUUUCACCAAGGUGGUGGACACGACACAAGUCAUCUGUACCGUCCCAAUUACCAACGUUGUGAUCAAAUCCAUGGUCAACAUCACUGGAAAGUACAUGACACCAUCCAACAGUGUGCCAUUGAAGUUCAUCUCACCCAAACCUGUGAUCACAUCUGUGACUGUCAAGGAGGACACUGGCCUCGUUCAGUAUCAAUAUACUAUUGUUGGUACUGGAUUCGUUAAGGGCGUGUCUAGAGUGAUCAUCGAUGGAAAGACAGACCUUUGUCUCAAUCCACAGGUCAAGCCAACACAGAUUGUGUGUACGGCCAAGAUGUCCACGGGCAACACCGGUUCGCACAACAUCACCAUUGACAGUGUCAACGUGGUGUCCGACCCCUACGUGCUGAGCACCGCGAUGUCCGUGCCCUGGGUGACCGGUGUGUCGCCAGGCACCAUUCUCAACACGAUCUACAGCAACAUCACUGUCACGGGUCAGAACUUCAUGGCCAACAUCACUGUGGUCUUCUUCCAGAACAACGUCUACUGUCCCGUCGUCCCUGGCACAGUGACCGGUGGAAGUCUGAUCUGUACCGUGCCGCCCAUGUACGUUUAUGGUUCAACCUUGUUCCAAGCGUCCAAUGCCGGAACCACCAGUCCUCCAUGGUCAAUCAACUUCAUUUCCCCUCAGCCUACGAUCACAAACGUGUUCCCGCCAAACAUUACAAACAAUGCCAAUGUUGGUACGAUCACAUUGUGGGGAACCAACUUUGUUCCUGGCGUUUCAACUGUGAUGCUGGCAUCAUGGACCUGUCGAGGAGGUAGUGUCGCUGCCAACUUAUCAAUGAUGACAUGUGGUUCAUGGAACCUACUUCAAACAUACGGUUCAUACAACCUCGAUGUGAACAAUGGUAACGCUCUGGCACAGUGGCCAAACUAUCUGGUUCUUGCCCCACCCCCAACUAUUAUGUUCCCAACACCAACUUCUGUGUAUGCUGAUGUACCAACGGGUAUCCAGAUGUAUGGUAACAAUUAUUAUCCUGGAUAUACACAGGCCACGAUUGGAGGAUUGCCUUGCCCCAUCACCUACAUUGAUACGGGAAGUCUGACGUGUACGUCACCAGUGGGCCUGCCAGCAGGUGGCCAUCCAUUGGUCCUCAACAACUCGUACGGUCUACUGUCAUCACCAUCCAACAUCAACUACAUGACGCCACUGCCACAGCCAUUCAUCAACUCCAUUGCGCCAAGCACAUUGUACACCAAUGUCUCGGCCACGCUCACGCUGUCCGGUCUCAACUUCACCGGCGGCAGUGACCGCAUCACUGUUGGCGGACUCAACUGCCCCAUCCAGUCCAUCAACUCCACAUACGCCCUGUGCGCGGCUCCAACCACGCUCAAUGGCACACAGUCUGUAACGUUAAUCAACGGCUACAAGACAUCCAACUCUGUCAAUGUCACCUACCUCCUCCAACUACCAACGCCAGUCAUUCAAUCAUUCAGUCCAUCAUCGUUUGGCUUCAACACCAGUGGUCAGCUGAUCACAUUGGUCGGCACAGGCUUCGUGCCCAACCUGUCGGCCGUGACCCUUGCCGGCAACACCAGUCUGGCCAUCACGUUCAUCAACGCGACCGUCAUCAUUGCCACGAUGCCCAGCAUUCCAGUCAUCGGACAAUUCACACUCUAUGUGAACGAUAGCAUCUACGUGUCCAACACCAUCCAGAUCACAGUGUCGCCCGUCAUUGACAACCUCUCGCCAUCAUUCGUGUACAUCGGCCAGUCCGUCAACCUGACCAUCAGCGGCAAGAUCCCCGUCACCUAUGGCGUCAAUGUCACUGUGGGAGGCUUCGCCUGUCCAGUGCUCGCGGCCACCUCAACGAUAGUCAUGUGCUCGGCACCAGUCUUCCAGACAUUCGGCUCGAUGCAGGUCAUACUCACAAGCGGUGGCCAGCAGUCCAACGUGUUGUACCUCCACUACUACGAGAUGGCACCCACCUGUCUGUCGCCCACUGGUGACGUCGUCGCCUGGUGGUACGCCCACAAGAUCCCAUUGUCCAAGAACUACCUGUACAGUAGCAGUGCCGACCCAUCCACCGUCUUCUACUACACCGACAUCACCGACGCCAACUCAUGUCUCGGCCGUACCCUCAACCAGAUCGCGCCAUCCAUGGACUCAGGCACGGGUUUCUUCAUGUACAACGACCUGCCCUUCUACGAUGACCUGUCCGGCCAGCUGGCCGAGUCCUUCAACGGCUCGUUCAACACCGCUCGCUCAAUAAGCAAGGGUAUCUUUGCCAUCCAAACGUCCAACACCACCACUCCGGGUUUCCAUCUCAAGCACUCGCUGCAGGGCUUCCCCGUGCCAUUGCGCGACUCGAUCUUUGACUUCAAGACCCCGGCCAACUACCCCAACAGCUGGUUCCCCAACGACUACCAUCUGCGCCCGACCCAGAUGCAGGACCUGUCCCUCGGCCACUCAUUCAUCUGCCAUGGCAUCUCCACGCCCACCAACAUCGUCCAGGCCAUCUCCGUGUCCAUUCCAUUCGUCUACAGGACCAACGUCUACCCCCUUCCCAGCAACCUCGAGCCACUGCUCACACCAAUCUUUGUGCAGCCAUCCGCCACACCAGGCAUCCACUACGCCUCGCCAAACUGGAACGCCGGCUACUUCUACUCGUCCGGUUACCAGAGUGACAUUUGGUCGCCAAUUGGCUUCAACCCCACGUCAUUGACCGUGCCCGCCAAGUACAAGAUCCUCCCCAAUGUCAACGCCAUCACCGAAAUUAGAAUCCCACCCGACUUUGCCAAGGCCAAUGACAUCCCUCUCGGCCUCAGCCAGUGGAAGACUGACACGGACCGCAGCAUCAUCGGCUUCAACAGCACCGUCCUCUGUCUUGGUGACUACAGCCCAUCGACACCAUACGGUGGUGGUGUGUCUGUGUGUCUCGCUGGCACCCAGGCCAUCGCCGACUUCACCACAGAGAUGAUCUACAAGUACAGCACUGGCAACUGCACCGGCAUCGUCUGCCCCAGCCAGGUCCAGAACCAGUACUUCAUCUUCAUCCGUGCUCGUCUGAUGUUCGACACGCAGCCAAUGACUGGCCAAUCGGCUAGCGUCAGCGCCUACUUGGCCAUGCUGCCCGACCCCCUCCUCCCACACACCACCGUCCAAGUGGCCAACUCUGGCUGCACGGGCAUCUACUGUGUCACGCCACCACAGGACGACAACUCGACCAUGGUGACCAACUCCAACGCCUUCUUCACGUACCGCGGCAGCUGGGACCCCCAGUUCAAUGCAGUGCUCACAAGCGAUGGCAACCAGCCCGUGAUCAUGCAGUGGUCUGACAACGACCCCAUCUCAUUCCCCACCACCAACCAGACCGCCGCCUACGUGCCCACCGCCACCACCGUGCAGCAGCAGAACCUGCUGACCUUGUACAAGGUGAUCAGCAUGUUGGUGGAGACCAACAAGCAUCUGGGCGUCACUCGUCCAAACGGCUACUUCUUCACUGUCACUGCCACGACCAACAUUGGUGUGUUCAACACUCAGUACAACAUCCCCGUCGACAUCAACAACCUGUGCAUGGACACUUUGUUCCGUGCCUUUGCCUACGACUCUCUACUCUGGCUCAACAGAUCCAUCGAGUCCUUGCCUGUUCCAUCGGCCUUGCUCGACCUUGCCACCCUCGAGUCCGAGUCCUCAGCCCUGCUCGACGGUCUCGUCAACAUCUACGCCAUGCAGCUCCGCAUGCUCACUUUCCCAAGCCUGCCCCUGUCCACCAUCGAGUCGCUCACUGACUGCUCCACCACCCCCAUCGACAUUGAGCACUUUGAGAGCGCUCGCUACCUUCGCAGGAAUGGAGUCCAGUCUCCAGGUUGGGUCACCGCCUACCUGUGGGAUCUCGUGGAUGAGCCCAACGAUGAUGCCAUCGACAUCUACCUCCGCAAGCCGCCCUACGUGGACGGCAACUCUGGAUUCCGCGUCAAGAUGAAGUUCAUCUUCAACGCCAUCCGCGAGUUUGGAGUGACCGACGCCAUAACCUUCUCCGAGAACAUGUUCACAUUGAUCCCCACCACCAACUCUUUGGUCGUGCCCCUGGCCAAGUCCAUCAUGGUCUACGACAACAUGUUUGUGUGUCCUCAAUGCAAGGUUGACUCGCCACCUCCCAUCACCAACAGCUCAGACCUGUCCAACGUGCUUCUCUCCAAGGGCGUGUGCCAGUCCACCAUUGACGCCUCUGACAUGGGACUCGUGUCCGAGUACGCCGGCUACUGGGCAUCCGUUGCUCCCAACUGGACCACCAACACUGGUGUGCAGUUCAUCUACUCACAGGACUUUGUCAACCUCUACAACACCUCCGUGUUGCUCCCCUCUCUGCUCCAAGUGCUCGACCCAACCCUUUGCGAGUUUGAGAUUGAGGACGGCUAUCCCGUGACACCCAAGGGUAUCCAAUACCUCACCCACGUCAUUAACAACCAGCUCAACCUGGCUUCCGAGGUUAUGGUCUACAACGACCUCACCGCUUACUUCAUCCAGCAGAAGCCAACCGAGGACGGUCUGGCCAUCGUCACCUACCGCAACUACCUGUGCGCGAUUGGCGCCACCAACCUGACCGCCUUCAACCUGGGCAGCAUCCUCAGUCUGUGUCCAUCAGGCCCAGUCGUGUUCUCCAUGUCGCCACUCUCUGGCCCAACCGUGUCCACCACCAACGCGAUCACCAUCCAGGGUCGCAAGCUCUCUGAGCCAGGCGUGACCAUCAUGGCAGGCACCAACCCAUUGCCAAUCCAAAGUGUGACCUACGACCCAAUCACCGGCGAGGACACACUCAUCUGCACGAUUGGCUCGGGUGUGGGCAGCGUCCACAUCAGCUACUUCAACUCGCUGACCGACCUCCCAGGCGAGACCCCAUUGUACGACUACACCUACAUCUACGACGCACCAGCACUCGGCUACGUCGACUAUGACUCGUGGCCCAUCCCCACACUUGGCUCCUCCGUCACCAUCUACGGAAACAACUUCCUCUCGUCACAGACCACCACAGCCAACAUCACGCUCUCGGUCGAUGGCUACCCCAUGCCCAUCUUAUCAUCCUACCAGAGUGGUGGCUAUGAGGCCCUCGUAUUCUCGUCGAACGGCACUGGAUACAGCAAGCCUGUCAUCGUCCAGUUGGCCGGCCAGUCCUCUGAGAACAACAAUGCAUCCGUAGCAAUCUACCUCAACUUCACUGCCCCCGUCAUCAGCUCGAUCUCCAUCGACACUGACCAUACAUGGGGUGGCGCGAUGAUGACUGUCACCGGAACAUCGUUCGGAGACAUCGAUCAGACGUUCACCAUCAGCAUUGAGAAUUGCCCGUGUAACGAGUCGCUCCGUCUGAGUGACACUCAGGCCACCUGUCGCAUCCCCAACUACACUGGUGUGCGCCACGUUGAAAUCGACAUUGACGGCCAGACCGACAACAACGGCCCCCUCUUCACGUACACGUCGCCCGCCAUCCUCCAGCUCGUGCAGACGCCACUCAACACCUCGACCAGUGGCUUCUUCUGGGUGGUCGGCACUGACCUCGGCCCCAAGGGUCUGGAGUUCUACCCAAACAUCAGCAUCUACCUGGUCGUCCCCGUCAACUGUACCUUUGACGAGGAUGUCUACCGUAACAAGACAUACACCGACGCACAGAACAACGUGAUCCCACCCCCAACCAACCCAUACUGGAACAACGGCACGUUCGACCCGUACAUCGUGCUCAACACGACCUGGCGUGAGACCGUCGAGUUUGACUGCAUGAAGUGUAUCCUCCCACCCGGCAUCGGCACGGACAUCUUCAUCAACAUCACCUGUGACACGCUCUCGUCGCCCCUCUCCGAGACCUUCAUUACCUACAACCCGCCCACAGUCCUGUCGAUGGCUGGCAACAAUGCAAGCGACACCGACGGUGGCAGCUACCUCACAAUCGUCGGUUAUGACUUUGUGCCCAACGAACUCGACUUGAACUACACCAACGCUGAGAACCAGACAGAGUAUGACGUGCCCCUCCAAGGACCCCUGUCAUUCUCCAACGUCACCAUAGGCAACGUGUUGUUGAACAACAUCACAUUCCUCAACUCAUCGGUCAUCUAUGGACAAGUGCCCCCAGGCAUUGGCUGUAACCAAUCGAUCGUCGUAUGGAUCGGUGCACAGAACAACACCGCCGGCAAUGGUUCACUCGCAUUCUCAUUCUGUUACAACGCGCCCAAUGUCAGCUCGGUGACGCCGAGCGACACGCCGGGCGAACGAAUUACAAUAUUCGGAGCCAACUUUGUGCCAGCCAACGCCAAUUUCACCAUCGACAACACGACCAACUACGUCGUGAUCAACGGCAACAACUGCACUGACGUCGACUGGAUUUCCUCGUCCAACCUCACAUGUGAGGUGGCCGCGGGCAUUGGACGCAACUUGUCGCUCACCGUCGUGGUUGGUGGCCAGUCCAGCGUGGACAACGUGACCUUCUCCUACAACCCACCCAACAUUACCACGUUGGACAUGAGCAAGACUGAUGGCCAGGUGAUCACAAUCAAUGGUUACAACUUUGUGCCCACCGACAUCGACCCCACUGAGUCUAAUGUCACGAUUGCCGGCGCAGCCUGCCAGUCGACAACAUGGAUCAACGCCAACACUGUCUCAUGCCAGGCACCCGCAGGCAUUGGCGCCAACCUUAGCAUCGUCGUCACCGUCGGCAACCAGGUCAACACUGACAACAACACGUUCUCAUACCUGCCACCAUGGGUCAACAGCAUCACCACCACUGGCACCGACGGAGGCUCAGCCACCAUCUCCGGUACCAACUUUGUGCCACAGGGAGUACAGCCCACCAACUCCAAUGUCACGAUCAACUCGGCAGUAUGCACGCCCACUUGGACCAACUCUCAGACCAUAGUGUGCGCCGUUCAGCCAGGCAUUGGCAAGAACCUCCCACUCGUUGUGGUUGUCGGUAAUCAAUCGACCACGAACAACCCACCUCCCAUCUUCUCGUACGACGCCCCCACCUUGGACAACAAGAACUACAACGGCGACCCCAGCGGAGGCACGUGGAUCACCAUCACCGGUCAGAACUUUGUUCCCCAACAGCUGGCCGCUGAGAUCAACGGCAAGCCACAGGACUCGAACAACUCUGUCACCAUCGCCUCGACCAAGUGUCAGCAGGUGACAUGGGUCGACAGCAACAACGUCUACUGUCAGGCUCCCGCUGGCACUGGCACCGGUCUGUCCAUCAUCGUGACAGUCGGCACACAGAGCAACGACGCCAACACCUACUUCUCCUACUUUGGCCCCAACGUCACCAGCAUCUCACCAAGCAGUGGCGAGACUGAUCAACAACAGCUCGUUACCAUCACUGGUCAAUACUUUGGCAGCAGCCCCACAGCCAACAUUGGCAGCGCGGGAGCUUGUACCAAUGUUGCCGUCCUGCCCAAGCAAGGCACAACCGAGAGCUUGUCCUGUAACGUGCCCACGGCUCAGUCACCAGGCGAGCAGCAAGUCACUGUCACCGCCGGCGGCCAGACCUCGACCCAACAGGUCAUGUACGAGUAUGUUGGCGACCCCAAGAUUGACUCAGUCUCGCCAACAACUGGAGGAGUUGAUGGAGUCUAUCCAUUGUCCAUCUCUGGAAAGAACUUUGUCGCAGGCAACAACCAACCCACCGUAUCAUUCAACAAUGAAGACGCCACCGUACUCUCUGCUACCGCCACACUUGUGAUCAUCUCGACACCAAGUGGCGGAGGCACGUCCAUCCCCAUCACCGUGACAGUUGCCGGCAAGACCAGCAACACCAACACCGACUUCUCGUACACGGCGCCCUCCAUCACCUCGAUCACACCAGGCGAGGGAUACACCGAUGCCGCCACACCCGUUGUCAUUGUCGGUUCCAACAUGGGUCUGACAACUGAUCCCCCCGAGAUCAAGAUUGGUGACGAGGAGUGCAUGGGCAUCGUCGUCAUCUCAUCCGGUUACAUCACAUGUACAGUGCCACCCGGCGAGGAAGGCACGGUCACGGUCACUCUCACCUUCCAAGGCCAGAGCGCAUACUCAUCGUUCACUUACAUCAAGCCACCUGAUGAUGAAACGACCACCACUACCACGACAACCACCACACAGACUACCACUGGUCCACCACCAACGACCACUGUUGGUCCACCAGUGAUUGCUCCACCAGUGAUUGCCCCACCAGUUAUCGCUCCACCAGUGAUUGCUCCACCAGUUAUCGCUCCACCUGUGGUCACUUCUGGAAAUCAUUCCACGUCGAGUACAUCGUCCACCUCAACUGGCACCUCGACUACCUCCACCUCCUCCACAUCAGGAACAUCGACCACAUCUGGUACAUCUACCACGUCUGGCACUACUAUGACCUCAGCCAACUCCACCACGUCUGGAACUACAUCGGGCACCUCAACUACCACGGGUACCUCGACCACCUCUGGCACCUCGACUACCACUUCCGGUACAACUACCGCCACUACCAAUGGUACCUCGACCACAUCAGGAACCACGUCCACAACCACUAGUGGUACUACAACAGCCACAUCUGGCACGACUACUGGAGUGACUACGUCGUCCACCAAUGGUACUACCACCGGUACUUCAACAACUUCGGGAACCUCCACGACAACUUCUGGCACUACCACAGCCACUGGCACAUCGACAACUACCUCUGGUACCACCGGUAACUCGACAACGACCACUACCUCGGGUACAUCGACCACGUCUGGUACCUCUACGACAACUUCCGGUACUACCACCGCUACCACGACCUCUGGAACGACCACUGGCAACUCGACAACUACCUCUGGUACCACCACUGCUACUGGCACAUCUACCACGACUUCGGGUACUACCACUGCCACCGGUACAUCGACAACCACCUCUGGAACUACUGGUAACUCGACAACUACCUCUGGUACAACCACGGCUACUGGCACCUCGACCACGACUUCGGGUACUACCACUGCCACUGGAACCACCACUACGACCUCCGGAACAACUGGUAACUCGACAACUACCUCGGGUACUACCACUGCCACAGGUACUUCCACCACGACCUCGGGUACUACCACCGCCACAGGUACAUCGACAACCACCUCUGGAACCACUGGUAACUCGACGACAACUACCACCUCUGGAACGACCACGGCAACUGGCACCUCUACCACGACCUCUGGUACUACCACUGCAACAGGCACUUCGACAACGACAUCUGGUACUACCGGUAACUCGACAACUACCACUACCUCUGGUACAACCACCGCCACGGGAACGUCUACCACUACAUCCGGUACUACAACUGCCACAGCGGAACUACCACGGCAACUGGCACCUCGACCACUACCUCAGGAACCACCACUGCCACUGGAACAUCGACCACGACAUCAGGAACUACCACCGGCACUACAACUGGUAACUCAACCACCACCUCGGGUACUACCACAGCAACAGGCACCUCGACCACAACGUCUGGUACUACAACGGCAACAGGCUCAUCGACAACCACCUCCGGUACUACCACUGCAACCGGCACCACAACUGCGGCACGACUACUGCCACAGGUACUACCGGCAACUCGACCACCACCUCUGGUACAACUACCGCCACGGGUACUUCGACAACCACCAGCGGUACUACCACCGCCACCGGCACUUCCACCACGACCUCUGGAACUACCACUGCCACAGGUACAUCGACUACAACCUCUGGAACAACUGGCAACUCGACAACGACAACCACAUCGGGUACUACAACAGCAACAGGCACCUCGACCACCACCUCUGGUACUACUACUGCAACCGGCACGACAACCACAUCUGGUACUACCGGUAA